AUUUUAUGGAUAAUUUUAGGGGAUCAUGAAAUGUUUGAAUUAGAUCGGUCGAUUUUUUCUCCAACUAUGACCUUCGAUAUUUUCUCGCCACAAAAAGUUUUUGAUUGAGAUCGACUUCGAAGAAACCGAAAACAAGAUGAUUGUUAACGUUUGUAAUCGCUCAAUUACCUACCUUUGAUUUUUAUUUUGUCUUUGAUAGUAUUCUUUGGUUUUACUUUUGACAGAAGAUGACGGAUAGCACUUGUUCAGAAAGUUCAGAAAGUAAACAAAUCACAUACAAGAUAUUGAAGCCGUACAUAAACAAGGAACUCGUAAAUUCCGAAAAUCCGAGAAGUGCUUGCAGUUUUUUUGAAAAAAAAUAUACUUGUUUGUAAAACCUCCCUUUGAAAAUGGAAGAAUAAAAACGAAAAUUGUCAAUAAUGAUGGAAAUUUUCAGUUCUGGGAUUUCAUAGUGAACAAUUAUUAUUUUUCAAUAACGACAUGGGAGUUUGUUAGAAGUUAUGUUAAAAUUUUCAAUGAUAUGGGAUUUCACAUCAGACGUUACAUUUUUCUUUCAACAUGUUUGAUACAAACGAUUGCAGUUGUACAAAAGCAAGUCUUCGACUUCCUUGGAUUUCUGUGGAUACCCAUCUUAGUGAACUUUUUUGAAAUAAUAUUUAUUAUUCUGGGAUUUUUUGGAGGCUACCAGAACCGUGCAAAAUAUAUUUUAUCUUAUCUUUUUUGGCAAGUAAUAUGGAUUGUGUGGAAUGUAUUCAUUAUCUGUUUAUAUUUGGAUCUAGGAGAUCUGGAUCACAAGACCAACAAGGUACUGAAGUUAGAUAGUAAUAGUGAAAGCUGGUGGAGGACUGAAGGACCACAAUGUAAAACAAGAAUGGGACCAGAAUCAAGUCCUGAAAUUGAGAGUCCACCUGAAGUAGAAAAUUGUCUCUUUAAUUACGUAGAUGUAGAAGUAUUUCAGUGCAGCCUACAAAUUGUUCUUGUCGUUCUUGGAAUUCUUUUUGGAAUUAAUUUAAUCAGAAUAAUUUCCAGUGAUGAAGAUGAUUCAUUUUCGGACAAAAGUUCCAGAAAAAGAAAUCGGACAUCACUUUAUUCCAUUGAAUUUAGUACAGAUUUGGAUAAUCGACAUGAUGACUAUAGUCAGGAUUUUAACCAUUUACAACCAGCAAUGUCUCCUAAACCAAUGACCCCUAGAAAAGUGAAGAGGAGAAGUGUGAUGACCAGAGGGUCAUCAACUAGAAACAGCACCACCAGUAAGCGACAUUCUGGGUCACGAUCUUCGACUAGGAGCUCAAGAAGAUCACUUCAAAACCCCAUAAAUUAUCUUAUGGAGCAACAAAAAUCCUUAUCAACUUUUGAACGGUCCCAGCGUUUGGAACCUCCAGUUCCAGCGCCUUUGCAUGUAUCUGACAAUAAUCUGGGUGCUUAUAGUCAUGCGAAUUUAACAUAUCAACAAUCUUCUACCCAAUCCCUCAACAAAAUGGACGAUCUUGAUGAACUUUACACUGGUAGACCAGCUUCAGUGAGAUCUAGUUACUCGAAUUUUCAUGGCACCCGUGAUUUUAACUAUACAAACACAAAUCCUUACCAACAUAGCCAUGCUACACCGCAGGUUCCUCAAAAAAAGCAAAAGAUACGAAACAGCCCUAUGUUUCUCAAUAAUGGACCACCUGCAUACUCCCAAAGGAUUUACUCAAACGAUUCUGAGACAACAAUGUGAUAUUGCAUGUUGUUUAUUCUACAUAAUUAUUUAUUUAUAUUUGCAUCAUUGCCAUGUAGAUUCUUUCUCAGGUGGACUUUUUGAAAGUGAGGAAGAGAAGAAAAUACAAAUAAUGAGUAAUAUAAGCAAAUUGAAAAGAAUAUUAUUUUUGAUAAAAGGAUUUAAAGUGAAAUAUUUUAUGAGCACCAUAUUUUUAGAUAAAUGAAUGUUUUCAUUAUGGUUAUUGUUUUAACUGAUGACAAUAAUUAGAUGUAAUAUUUUUCAUGGUUAGUUAUAAUUGGAUAGCUACGUUUUUUCAAAGAAAAAAAGUCAUUUCCUUAUUAUAUUUGCCCAGACUAUGUAUAUAUUUUUUUAACAGAAAUAUUAUUUUUUUCCAAAGGAUCCCAUUCAUAUCGAUGAAAAUAUGGUUAAAUACAAAAAGCACAGAAUAUUUAAAUAGUGCUAUUGAAGAAUCAUGAUUUUCACAAAUAACUGAAUGAGAUUCCUUAGAAUGAAACUGACAGAAUAAAAUUAGAAAUUAUAAUUUUUUUUUAUUAUAAUGACUGAAGCAUUUGUGAAGUAUAUAUUUUUUUAAAUGUUUAUACUGACUACAAUUAAAGUUUGAGAUUCUUU